AUGGCCGAUGACGAGGAUCAGGACUCGCCAUGCAGGGGCCUCUCGUGUUCGGACGUGGAGCUGAUGGUUUCGGAGUUCAAGGCAUUCUUCGAGCGGCCUGAUUGGCUGCAGUACAGGGCGGACCUCAGCAAGCACCCGAGCAAGGACGACCAGGAGGGCAUCAAGAGGCACAUCAAGGUGUGCAUCGCCAUCAGGAGCAAGGUCGCGCCGAACUGCUCGCUGGCUAAGAAGGCCACGGAGCACGCCGUCGAGCUGAUCUCGAAGGAGAAUAAGUGGGAGUUCCCAGGGGACACCCUCGUGGCGUACCGCGCCGAGGUGGCGGCGAAGCUUCGGACGCUCGCCAGGCACUGCGCAUCGCUGUGGAGCAGGCCGAAGCUGCCCAAGUGGUUCGUGGAGUACCUCGAGGCAGAGGGCUACAACGAGAGCCCCGACGCCAACACGAACUUCGUGUACAAGUACAGCGAGUACAAGAACACUGCGAUCAGGAUCCAAACGGGCACGACUGCCGAGAUCGAGUGCGAGAAGAUCGAGGGCCCAGAUGCAACCGGCUGGUGCAGAGCGUUCUGGCCCGACGGCGCGACGUGGCAGUUCCCCAAGCAUCUGCGCGUCAAGCCGAAAGCAUGCGCCAGCAAGCUGCCCCGCAUCACCGUCCAGUGCAGGAGCGAGGGCCAGUUCGAGGUGUUCAUGCGCCUGGCGAAGGACAGGGACCCAGACCACCGCCUGGUCCAGAUCAUGAAGAAGACCAGCACGACGGAGAGUGGCACCGUCCUGGAGCAGCAGACGCAGGCGAGCUGCGGGUACUGGCCCUCGGAGGACGAGGCGAUCGCGGCGAUGAAGGGCAUGCUCGACAAGUUCGUGAGCGGGGAGAUCACGACCAAGCAGGAGGCCAACAAGUACAAGAUGGACAUCAUCAAAGGCCUGGAGAAGCGACGAGGCGUUGCAGGCGCAACGAUGCGGAAAAAGCUGAGGCACGAGUGGGGG